GGGAGCGGUGGCGGUGCGAGGGCCGCGCAAGAUGGCGGAGGGCGACAACAACAGCGUUUACCAACUGGCUUCAGAAACUGCCAGCUUGGAGGAGCAUUUGCAAGGAUGGGGAGAAGUGAUUCUGCUGACUGACAAAGUCCUUCGCUGGGAGAGAGCCUGGUUUCCCCUGGCAAUGAUGAGUGUUGUUUCCUUUUCUUUUCUGAUGAUCUACUACUUGGACCCAUCAGUUCUUUCAGGUGUCUCCUGCUUUGUAAUGUUCCUCUGUUUGGCCGAUUAUCUUGUUCCUGCUCUUGCACCUAGAAUCUUUGGAUCUAAUAAAUGGACCACAGAACAGCAGCAGAGAUUUCAUGAGAUUUGCAGCAAUUUGGUAAAAUCUCGUCGCCGACUUGUUGGCUGGUGGAAACGUCUCUUCACACUGAAGGAAGAGAAGCCUAAAAUGUACUUCAUGACCAUGCUUCUUGCUCUUGCUGUGGUUGCCUGGAUUGGACAGCAGGUUCACAAUCUGUUUCUCACCUAUCUCAUUGUAAGUUUCUUGUUGCUGUUUCCUGGCCUAAACCAGCAUGGGAUCAUUACAAAAUAUGUUGGAAUGGCAAAAAGGGAGAUAAACAAACUUCUCAAGCAUAAGGAAAAGAAAAAUGAAUGAAGACUUAAAUGCUGUUCACUCUUGUGAAGGUUUCCUUGGGAACAGUUUUGAGAAUUUAUGUGUAAUUAGAAUAGGAGGAGUUGUGUUUACCCACUGGCUUUUUUUUUUAUUGGGUCCCUGGUCAGUGAACAUGUCACUCAAGCAACUGCUGUGGGUUUGUGUCUCUCACAAAGAUUUUUGAAAAUUCCUCUUCUUUGAUGUACAGAGCUUGUGUGUCUUUACAUUAAGAGGCCCUGUAAAUAAAUACUCCAACUCAAAAAAGGCCAAAAGGCAGAAUUGUAAAGCUGGUGGCAUUUCUGUAGCUGUGUUCAUUUCACUGACCAUUGAUUUUUGGCUACAGCAAGUAUGAAAGGCCAUUUGGGAGCUUACACUUAGGGGGUUGUUAUUCCCCAUCCCUGUGGAAGGAGAACGAUUGGCUGGAUAGGAAUGGUCAUAGCUGAGGGUGCAUACCCAAGGUUGCUGCAGGAGAUCUCAUUGUUUCACUGCAUCUGUUUGCUUUUGUUCUGCAUAUACCAGAUUUUUUGUUGAAUAGGGGUCUGGAAUAUACAAACUUGUAGUUCAGUUGUUUAGCUGUAGUGUAAACUUCAACUUGUUGCACUGAGACUGUAGAGAAUGAGUUAAGGUGUAUUACCUUAACAGCUGAUGAUCCUAAAACCUGCUGUUGUCAUGGAGCCAUGUAGCAUGUUUGAUCUUAUGAAUGUUGUCUGUGUACAAAACCCCCUUGAAAAUGCUGUAUUUGUCUCUGUAAAUAAGACAGUCUGGAGUGUUUGUGCUUUUCUAUGACCUCUCCUUCCUUUUUUUAAAAACUGAACUCUUUUUUUCUUUACAAAGCUAAAAACCUGUGUUAAAGCAUUUUAAAAGUUUACUGGUUUAAAAUGAACUCUUCAGUGUUUAUUGUAACUGCCCAAUAAGUAAAUACACUCUGAAUAGAA